AUGCCGAUGGUAACGUUAAGUGAAGCGGAAUUGAUAUUUACACAAGUGUGGUUUCGUCAUGGUGAACGAGCGCCUUCACAUUUCCGACGUUUUCCCAAUGAGGCCACUGAUUUUGGGAAAGAUUUCCCCAUUGAAAAUGGAGAAUUGACUAUGAAAGGCAGGAUGAUGGAGUACACAAUUGGGCAAACGUUGCGCACUCGUUACGACAAUUUUAUAGGAGAAGAAUAUAAACCCCAUCAGAUAAGAAUCUAUUUUGAUUCGGACAAUCGAACGGCGGAAUGUGCUCAACUAGUUGCUGCUGGUCUCUUUCCUCCAAGUGGGGAACAAAUUUGGAAUACAAAACUCCUCUGGCAACCACUGGCAAUUCACGAAGAGUUGAUUCUCAAACAUACCUCAUUCUCUAUGCUUGGAACUUGCCCAAAAGCUGGAAAAACAAUCAAGAACUCGAAAGAGUUUCAGAAUAUUUUAAGAAAAGUUGAUCCAAAUUUUAUUGAUUUUCUUAAAUCAAAGACUUUGGUGAAAGAUGUACCGAAUGCUCAAGCGUUGAAUGAACUCGUUGAUUCGUUGUAUACAAGGGUUAAAAUCAACGACUCACGUCUAGCGGCCCCAUCUUGGGUCACUCGAGAAAUCUAUGAAAAACUUGAUGAGACUACCAAUUUUCUUCACACCUCUUUCAUGAAUCUCACUCGAUUAACGUCUGGAAAUUGGCACGUGGAUCGAGUUCUCAACGAGUUCCAUCAACAUCUCUCGAGGCCAACUGAUCUUAAGAAUAAAAUCGUUUUAUUCUCCGGUCAUGACACAAAUCUGAUGACAAUCGGCCGGGAAAUCGGCUUGAAAGAAGUUGGAGUUAGAUUGCCUGAUUUUGGAGGUCAUCUCCUCCUAGAGUUGCACAAGAUUUCUGAUGAAUUAUAUGUCCAAGCUUGGUUUGCUUCCUUUUAUUUGGCUGAACUCAAAGAACAGACGUUUGAGCUUUGUGGAAAUCCAUGCCGUUUUGAACGAUUUGUUGAACUUUAUGGAUCGAGAAAAUACUCUGAUGAACAAUGGUGGGACUACUGCAGGGGUUGGAUUCAAGCUGAUAACCGUGACAAUUCGACUAUAGCUUGGUUCAUUGUGGCUUUAAUCGUUCUUCUCCUCAUCGACGUCUUUUUACUCUACAAAUGUUUGACGGCAAGACGAGCGAUGCAGAGAAAUCCCGAGUUGAAACCGUUGCUCGAUCCAGAA